CUAAAAAAACGAGUUCUUGGUUGAGUUUAUGUCAGAAAGCUUAGUGUGCAAGGAAAAUUCCUUUACUGAAGGUACAUGCAGCACAUAUAUUCAUCAGUGAUUUCUCGUUCGUUUCGUCGCCAUUGCCGCCCAGAUUGCAGAGAUCGGCCCAUCGAUCGAUCGAUCAUGUCCACCGUUGCCGUGCCGAGCCCCGUCCCUUCCGCCGCCGCCGACGCCGAGAGCCUCAGGAAGGCGCUGCAAGGCAGACAUGGUGAUCUCGACGCCGCGACGCGUGCAGGAUGGAGAGCGGACAAGGGCGCCCUGGUCGGGAUCCUCUGCCGGAGGACGGCGGCGCAGCGGGCGGCGAUACGCCGCGCCUACGCCGUCCUCUACCGGGAGCCCCUCCUCAACCGCUUCCGCUACAGGCUCUCCCGCCAUUGCCUCCUCUCUGUCGACUUCUGGAAAGCCGUGAUCUUGUGGACGAUGGACCCGGCUGAACGGGACGCGAACCUAGUGCACGAAGCACUGAAGAAGAAGAAGCAGGGAGACGAAAGCUACGUCUCCGUGCUGAUCGAAGUGUCAUGCGCCGGCACCCCGGAUCACCUCGUCGCCGUCAGGCGCGCCUACGCCGCCCUCUUCGGCUGCUCCGUCGAGGAAGACGUCGCGGCCUCGCCGGCGAUCCAAGAACCUCUCAAGAAGAUGCUGGUGAGACUCGUGAGUUCGUACCGCUACGAGGGAGAGUGCGUCGUCGACAUGGACGAGGCGAGGCUGGAGGCGUCGCAGUUGGCAGAGGCCAUCAGGAAGAAACAGCAGCCGCACGGAGAUGAGGUCGUCCGGAUCGUCACUACUCGGAGCAAGUCGCAGCUCAGGGAGACGUUUCAGAAGUACAGAGAUGAUCAUGGUGCAGACAUAACUGAGGAUAUUGACAGCCAUUGCAGCGGCCAGUUUGCCAGGAUGCUGAAGAGCGCAAUCUGGUGCUUAACAUCACCUGAAAGGCACUUUGCAGAGGUAAUCAGGCACUCGAUCCUGGGGCUGGGGACGUACGAGGACAUGCUCACCAGAGUGAUCGUGUCGCGAGCUGAGAUCGACAUGAGACAGAUCAGAGAGGAGUACAAGGCCAGGUACAAGACGACGGUGACUCGCGACGUCGUCGGCGAUACAUCCUUCGGUUACAAGGGCCUCUUGCUGGCCCUGGUUGGGAGGGAGGGCUGAAGAACGGUGCAAAAUCGUCAAGAGAGUGGUCUCAAUGUAAAAGUUUAUAAGCCGGCCAUGGAACCCUUUAUCACUUUUGAAAUAAUGAGACGAACAAAAGUUGUGAUUUGAUUUGUUGUUAAUCACUACCCUGCAAAAACCUUAUUCACAUUGAUCAAUACGGUUUGGC